CUCCGCCGACCAUGAAGACAAGUCGCCAAUAAGGAAAUCGUAAUUCGCGUCCUUGCGCUAAAAUGCAGCUAAUAUGGGAAAUCCAGCAAGACUGGACGACGGAAGUAGCCUGUGCUUAUAAUGGCAAAUUGGAAAGUAGUGGUCAGUGGUCCUACUGAACAAUGUAAUGAGACACGCAGAGUGGAGCGGAGGACAGACAAAACACCAGACCGAGGACACGUCAAUGUUUUGCUUGUAUUAAGUGAGGAAGAGUUCAUGAAAGACCUGCAUCCCUACAAGUAUCAAUGUAACCAGGGUUGGGAGGAAGCUGUGGGUGGUUGGGCAAGAGUCGCGCCACUCGCCCCGCUUCUUCUGGUCGAGAAGACUGACAAUAAAGCAAAUCACAAGGAUGUAGAACACGAUUGUUCCACAUCUGUAGAAACAGAUAAUUUAGCUGAACAACCCAGUGAGACACAAUUGAGGCCUCCAACUAGAUUAAGGUCCACGAUAUCAAGCCAGAACUCAUGUGCAUGUACCAAGCAUAACGCACCAAACCAAACACCUGAAAGUUCAAAAAUAUCUUUCGUAAAUGGCACUUCCAAACAAAUAGCUCAGCUCAGCUUGACAGAUCAGACAAGGGACACCAGGUCACCAAAGUCUCGGAAAAACCGCCUCAAGACUAACAAUGCAUUAGUUCCUAUUAAAAACUUUUCCUUUCUGCCACCCAUCAAUAUGCCACAAAAUGAACAAAACUUCAACAAACAUCAACAAGGUGAAUCGGGAUUGGAACAUUUUUUCCUAAUUAAUAAGAUAAGCAGGAUCCGAGGAACAAAAGGUGACCUGUUUUACACUACUGAACUUCCCAAGGGCGCCUACAAUGAGACUGUUUCUUCCAAGUACAGGACAUGCCAACAUAACCCCAACUAUUACUCUGCUGUGAGUGUGUCAGUCCCUAAGAGGUAUCAUGUAACACUGUCCUCCAAACCUGAAACACUGCACCCCGCUGGGUACUCGAUGAGCAAGACACUUCACUCCGGAACUGCAGAAAACAGGCAGGUCCAAAUGCAUCCCAGCUGCUUAUACUCUUAG